AUCUUCCUCUUCUGCUGCCGCGAGCCGCCGUGCUGUGCCGGCCUGCGAGUUUUUAGGAAUCAGCUACCCAGGAAAAACGAUUUUUACUCAUAUGAGCCACCUUCUGAGAAUCCUCCCCCAGAAACAGGAGAAUCAGUGUGUCUCCAGCUUAAGUCUGGUGCUCAUCUCUGCAGGGUUUGUGGCUGUUUAGGCCCCAAAACGUGCUCCAGAUGCCACAAAGCAUAUUACUGCAGCAAGGAGCAUCAGACCCUAGACUGGAGAUUGGGACAUAAGCAGACUUGUGCACAACCAGAUCAUUUCGACCAUAUAAUUCCAGACCACAACUUCCUUUUUCCAGAAUUUGAAAUUGUAAUAGAAACAGAAGAGGAGAUUAUGCCUGAGGUUGUGGAAAAGGAAGAUUACUCAGAGAUUACAGGGAGCAUGGGUGAAGCACUUGAGGAAGAACUGGAUUCCAUGGCAAAACAUGAAUCCAGGGAAGAUACAAUUUUUCAGAAGUUUAAAACUCAGAUAGCCCUUGAACCAGAACAGAUUCUUAGAUAUGGCAGAGGUAUUGCCCCCAUCUGGAUUUCUGGUGAAAAUAUUCCUCAAGAAAAGGAUAUUCCAGAUUGCCCCUGUGGUGCCAAGAGAAUAUUGGAAUUCCAGGUCAUGCCUCAGCUCCUAAACUACCUGAAGGCUGACAGACUGGGCAAGAGCAUUGACUGGGGCAUCCUGGCUGUCUUCACGUGUGCUGAGAGCUGCAGCUUGGGUACUGGCUAUACAGAAGAAUUUGUGUGGAAGCAGGAUGUAACAGAUACACCGUAAAGGCAUCUUAAAGCCUUGAAAAAUGUUAAUGCUCUUUUAUACCUUGCAAUUCCAUUUCUGAGAUUUUAUCCUAAGGAAAUACUUAUACCAAAAAUAAAGGUGCAGAGAUGUUGAGAGAUUGCUUACACAGUGUCUACAUAUUACUGAAACAAAAGUGUCCACUGAUAGAGAAUUAAAUAAAUUUUGGUACAUCCACCGUGGAAGGCUACACAGUCUUAAUUAUAACACCUACAUUGACAACCAAGAUACCAUUAUAGGUGGUAUUCGUGGUUUGAUCCUAUUCUUGUAAAAAUAUUUGUAUGUAUGCACAGAAAUCUGCAAAGAUGUACACUUAGUGCACUGGUUACCAACGAAUGGUGGGACUAACUAAAAUGAUCGUUUUACUUAUACGUGCAUUUCUUUUUAUAAUAAAAAUGGGUUAUGUGCCUAAUGAAGUCAAA